AAUGAUAAGUUUACAUUGUCUGUUGUAACAGUGUGUUAAAAUACAUUUGUUGAGCCAAUGAAAACUAAGAGCCAUCAGGAUCAAGCGGUUGGUGACUGUAAUCUUUGUGUGAAUAUUAAAAUAAUUGCUCAGGAGUGUGUUCUUAAUGUGUGUAAAUUGUGUGAAAAUUAAACCGUGGCACUAAAACACAGUAUGAUCUCAUUUAAAAAAUAUGUGUUAGUUUGUUGACUCAAUUAAACAUCAAGAUUCAGACUAUAAACCUCACCAUUGUUUAGGUUUUUAUGAUGUCUAAGUGAACAAAGACAAUUGCCUAUUUAUUUUAUCACAGUAUCUUUGUAUUUAUGAACCAGGACAUUCAAAUCAGUCAUAAGAAAUCUACUUCCACAUUAUUUAGUGUCACUUCUCAUCUUUAUUAUAGCUUGAUAGACUUUCAAAAACUUAACUUAAUGUUAUUUUUUCUUUCCUCACCCCAGGACUCUGGUGCUAUCAAAUUAAGGACUGGUAAAGGGAAUUUAAAUGAUUGUACUACAUUUCCGGCUCUAAAAUAAUCUAUAAAGUUCAAGUGAAGUUAAAACGAUUCCUUGAGUAGCAUUGCUUGUGCCAUCACAUCAAAUCAAACCGUAUCGAACCGAACAGUGGUAACAAAACUGUUACAAGAACUGAACAGUGGCAUUGAUGUAUCGUUACGCCCCUACUGCUUUUAGUGACAACUGUAUAUCUCAUUACACUUCUGCCUCUACAUCCACUAAACAUUUUUGAGUUUGCAUUACGUUAUUGUAAAUAUGAGUGUGUGACAGUCUAGAUUAUUAUUUGAUUAUUUCUGUGAUCUUUCUGUAGCGCCAGUUAUAGACAGAUAAUCACACUUAUAUAUUUCUAUUAGACGAGAAGUUCAGGAGAGAGAGUGACUGACAACAUGAUGUGAUCCUUUUACCCCUCCACUAAAUACAGUACAGGCAGAAGUUUUGGAGUAUCAUUUUUACAUUUUAUGUUGAUAACUUAUAUUUUUAUCUUCUGAUCAAUAUGUUUCUGGAGCUCUCAAGACUUCAUGCAACUGUAACGAGUUAUAAUAAAUACAAUACAAGUUUAAUGUAUUGUUGCUUUUUCACUAAAAUCCUUAUUAUUUUAUUACUGAUGUAUUUCCGUUUUUCUCUGAGCAAUAUAUGUUGAUCUUUACGAUUUAUUCUCCAGAGACUUUUAUUUUGAUAUUUUCUUCUGCCGCUCUUGUGGUGCCAUUUUGAAGUGUGUGCGCGCCUCUCUUCAGUUUGCAUUGCAUGCGGUGGAGAGAGGUAAGCGUUUUUCAGAGCUCUACAAACUUAAUUUGCUCAUAGAUUGAAAAGUAUGUUAAUCGUGUUGAUAUCCCUUUUGUGAACAGUACAGAGACUGUGUAUUGUGUUCUUUUGCAUGUUAUAUGUGUGAGUGGAUCAAUAAUGUGGAGAUAUAUUGUGUGGGCCUUAUGAUAUGCAUUAACAGGGCUUUGAGUCAUUAAUCAGCUAACUAGUGUUGUAUCAUAUAGGUGAUGUAAUGAUGAGAUCUUCACAAGCAGUUUGUCAUCUUUGUUGAUGUUGAUUCACAGGUAUUCCACAUCUUUCAAUGUUAUGUGUAUUAUUUUUGAUUGUUAAUGAAGUUUGCAUUGCAUGCGGUGGAGAGAGGUGAUGUAAUGAUGAGAUCUUCACAAGCAGUUUGUCAUCUUUGUUGAUGUUGAUUCACAGAUGGUGAUCAGUCCAUGUUGGGUGUGAGCGACUAUUAAUAAACAUCCCUGGUCUGGUGAACCGCAGUAACAGUGUCCUGGUCCUUCUAUUACACAACGCAGAGACAGUAGCGUAACAGCGGUCAGUUGCAGACCGGUUACAUUGGUGCCGUGACCCGGAUCAGAAGAUUUGCUUCAGGAUCAACGUCAGUUGGGUCGCCGAGGGACGCUGCAUUGAGGAGAGGAUCCUGUCGAGUACUGGGUGCGUUUGAACAAAGCAGUGGAUUUUGCAGAGGAAGCUUUAAAGAGACUUGGGCGACGAAUGGAAGAUCCAUGCCAAGAAGCUGCAAUGAUGUUCGUGAAAUACUGCCCUGAUUCCACUCUUGCUGCAGUUUUCCGUUUCAAAGCUCCAGAAAAGUGGACCGCACAGGAAAUCCAAGAACAGCUUGACCGGUACCACACAGAGUUAAAAGAGCAGAUGUCAGUCAAGCCAAAGCGUCACCCUGUUACAAGACAUGUCACCGCUCACGUUCAGACAUUCAAUGAGGAUGAACAGGAUGUUGACUCUCCAGAGCUAGAUUUGUCAGCUGUCAGCUGCAGGCCGGAUGAAUCUGUUAUGAGAAUUCUUCUGCUGGGCAGGAAGAUGUCUGGGAAAAGUUCAUCUGGAAACACUAUACUGGGACAGAAGAAGUUUAAAGUUAAAAAACAGAAAGCUGAAGUUUGUGAAGAAGUAACACGCAUCGGUGAAAAACAAGUGCAUGUGAUCGACACUCCAGAUCUGCUGGAUUCAGACAUGACUAAAGAAGAGGUACAAACCCUGAGAGAGAAAGUCCUCUCUUUGUGUAAAGAAGGGCUCAGUGCAGUUCUGCUGGUCAUGCCAUUAUAUAAAGAUGUGGAAAAUGAAGAAGAGCUUUUAUAUGUGAUUAGAUCAUUAUUAGGCCCUGAAGUUAAGAAUUACAUCAUGCUUCUGUUCACACACGGAGAUGAACUGGAGGAUGAGGAAGAAAACCUUGAUGAAUAUCUACAAAGCCACAAAGAUCUCCAGCAGUUGGAUGUCACCUCUAAGGAGAAGUUUCAUUGUUUUGAUAAUAGGUGUAAAGCAAGGGAUCAGGUCACGGAACUACUAGACAAGAUCGAUAAAAUGAAAGCACACAAUGGAGGUCAAUUUCUCAUGGCACAACUGGAAAGAAGUGACAGCAAGGACACAGUGUUUGAUUUUUCAGGAAAGAACCCAGCAGGUGAAGUUCCCCUCAGACUGGUGUUACUGGGGAAAACUGGAGCUGGAAAAAGUGCCACAGGAAACACAAUCCUCGGCAGAAAGGUGUUCAAAUCUAUCACCUGCUCAAACUCUCAAACCAAACACUGCAGUUCAGAAUCCAGCGUGAGGAGUGGAAAAGCCAUCACAGUGAUCGACACACCUGGACUGCACGAUAAUGAACUCAGUGAAGAGGAGGUUAUGCAAGAAAUAGUGAAAUGCAUGAUCCACUCAUCUCCUGGACCACACGCUUUUCUCAUCGUGAUUAAAGUUGGUCGAUUCACUGAGGAAGAGAAAAACACAGUCAAGCAACUCAAAGAAGUGUUCGGAGAACAGAUCGAGAAGUACACCAUGAUCCUCUUCACGCAUAAGGAUCAGUUGGAGAAGGAAAAGAAAACCAUUAAGGAUUUUCUGGAAAAUGGUGAUUCAGAUCUUCUAGACAUUGUAAAAAGUUGUGGAAACAGACACUUCUGUUUGGACAACGAAUCAUCCAACUAUAAACAACAUAAAGAUAUGAUCAGUAAAAUAGAGGCAAUGGUUGCAGAAAAUGGAGGCAUGCACUUCUCUAAUGACAUGUUUGAGGAAACAGAGAAGUUUAUACAGGAGAUUCAGAAACAGAAAUUCAAUGAGAAAGUUAAGAGUCAAAAAGAGAAGAACAAAGAUGUUGUUCAAACUGAAUGGCAGAAAAUAUACUGGCGUUUAGCAGAAGAGUCAAGAGAGGAAGCUUUGAGGGUUACAUUUGGGGAAUUUUACUUAGCACAUUUUUGUUUACCAAGGACUAGUAAAGAGAGAGAAAGCACGAUAAAGGAAGCUGAGAGUAAAGGGAUCAGUUCUAUAAAGGCACGCAAACUUGCUCUCAAAGCCACAGCAAAAUUAGCAAAACAGAAGAUGUGUGGAGUUCAGUGAGAAAAGCCAUGAGCCAAGAAAAUUAUCUUAAGCCUAAAUUAUAGAGACAGAUUACAUUUAGAUUGUUAAAUACAUGUUUGAUGUUUAAACAAUCAUGAAAAAUCACAGCAUAUGUUGAAUGAUACAAAUGAUGGUAAAGAAGCCUUCAUAAAUAACAUGUAGUGUAUUUAGGCCAAAGAGAGAAAACAAUGUCACAUAAAAUGUUUUUGCUUUUACAUUGUAUAUUGUAUAGUGACAUUUAUGGACAUGGGCAUGUAUAUUUUACAUUUAUACAUAUGACAGAGACUUGCAUUGUACUACAAUCCGCUGAUCAAACCCAUGACCUUGGCGUUGGUAGCGCCAUGCUCUGAGCCACAGGAAAGCUAUUAAAAUGGUUUUCAACAUAAAUAGCGAGUUGAAAAGUGAUCAACAUCUCAACAGAUCAACAGUGGAGGCUAAGCGAGAGCUGCACGUUUAGGGCCAGUACUAAGGGGUCAGCAUUUGGCCAGUGAGCAAAUUCUGCAAGGGGCCUGAAGUGGGCCAGUAAAGUGCCAGCGCAGGCUUGCUUGCAGGGAUAUUAUUGUGGGCAAAAAAUUGUCACCCAAAUUUGUGAGUAAAUAGUUACGUCAUUAACUUAAAGACCAGGAAAAGGCGAUUUCAAAAGCUGUUUCUAAACAAAUCCGGCCCUCACCUUACCACCUCAUCUGGCCCACAUCCCUACACAUCAAUAAAUGAACACUGUUAAUGUUAAUAUAAUGCUCACUCAAGAGUAUUAAAAAGUAACACUGAAGCAGAGUUCAAGUUAAUGAGAUAAUUAAGAUGAUUAAUGAAGUGAUGAUUGAUGAUUAAUGAUGAACACCUGCUGAUAACAAACACAAUCACUGAAGAGAACAUGAAAACCAUAAUAGUGUUUAGUGUUUCCUUUAGUUUGACUCUUAAGCUUGACAUCUAUUUGUAAUUAGCUAUAAUAGUGUGUUUUAGAGACACAUUUAUAACUGACAAACAUCAGCUAUUUAUCUUGGCUCAAAGCUACUGUAUCAUCUAAUUUGAAAGUAACAUAGGAGACAUGUCAAAUUUAGACCUAUUAAUUUAAUAAUGUGCCACAAUUGUCUAGUAAAGGCUUAUAUCAAAGCUAUACAUUUUCACAAAAUUAUAAGACAUAUAAUUUAAAUCUUUCAGACAUCAAGUAUUAGCUUAUGAAUCUCAACAAUGGUGACACAAGUCAUAUAUUUUAUUGUAGCUGCAAGGCAUGCUGGGAGUGAUGUAUGAGUUGUUUUAUUUCAGAACUGCUUUCAUUUGCCUGGAACUUUUGCUUUUUUUUACAGUAUUUUGCUGUGCUGCUUUAUUAAUGUGUGAUGUACUGUUUUGAUUUUUGUGCAGCGCUUUGAGCAGAAAAUUUUUAAUGGCACGAUAUAAAAUAAAUGUAUUAUUAUUAUUAUACAAAAUGUCCUGUUUUUUCAUGUUUUAAGAAUGUGCCCAGCUAAAAAAAGUCACCAUCAUGGUUAUCAGUGUUUCCUUAAAUAAGGCUCUUGUAUCUUGACUCUGAGUGUAAGAUGUUUUGCCAUGUUGUAACUGUGUGCAUGCAGAUGUACUGUUGUUAUGGCAAUAUAAUGAGAGUCCAUC